AUGGCGCUCGCCGAGGUUUGUGGUAUCAACUCCGCCGUCGAUUUCGGAUAUUCGCGAGAAAAGGACAAGAUCGCCGGCGAGGUCGAGGCGUACACCAGAAAUUUCACCAACAACCUCCAACUGGCGGUGCCGCCGUUCGUCAAUCCAGCUGAAACUCUUGGUCGUAUAGCUCAAGGCACCGACGAGACCGGAAAGAACCUGAAGAUCAAGUUCGAUCAUGGAACUACAACCUUGGGCUUCCGAUAUCAGGGCGGGAUUAUCCUGGCGGUGGAUUCGCGUGCGACAGGAGGACAGUUUAUUGGUUCACAAACCAUGAAGAAGAUAGUGGAGAUCAAUGACUAUCUUCUUGGCACUCUGGCCGGUGGUGCCGCAGAUUGCGUCUACUGGGAUCGAGUUUUAGCAAGGCAGUGCCGCAUGUACGAGCUCAGAAACAGAGAGCGCAUCUCCAUCGCGGCAGCGAGUAAACUCUUGUCGAACAUGAUUUAUAAUUUCAAAGGAAUGGGACUGAGUAUUGGUAUGAUGCUGGCUGGAUGGGACAAGCGUGGUCCCGGACUUUACUACGUCGAUUCCGAGGGCACUCGUACUCCGGGAAAGGUUUUCAGCGUAGGCUCCGGAUCAGUGUUCGCGUUCGGUGUUCUGGAUUCCGGUUACCGGUGGGAUUUAACUGACGAACAGGCAUACGAACUUGGAAGAAGAUCGAUCUACCACGCCACGCACAGAGACGCCUAUUCCGGCGGUAUCAUAAGAGUAUAUCACAUGAAAUCGACUGGCUGGGUGCAUAUCUCAGACGAGGAUUCCAAGGACUUGCAUUAUGCGUACGGCGAAGAGAAAAAAUUGGCAGAGCCGAGCACCUCCUCCUAGAUUUAAUUAUUAAAUAUGCAUUGUACGUGCAGAUUAAUCGUUUACACAAUAAAACGGAAUUAUUUCUAUCCGUGUAAUUUAUAAUCAAUCGUAAAAAUCAA